AUGAAACGUAAAGAAUCAGAAACAGGAUUUGAGUUAUGGGGUGAUUAUAUGAGUGCAAAAAUCGCUAAGCUGGAGGACCAGUUUCAGCACACUGCAGCCAGUGCCGGUGAAAAGGUAUCGAAUUUAUUCGCGGGCAUUUCUAUAUUCGUUAACGGCUACACGAAUCCAUCGGCAGAAGAAUUGAAGCGCAUAAUGAUGCUGCACGGUGGCGUGUUUCAUCACUAUAAACGAUCGCACACCACUUAUACGAUCGCGUCGAUUCUACCCGACGUGAAGGUGCGCUCAAUCACGUCCGAGAUCAUCAUUAGUCCGCGAUGGGUUGUGGAUUGUUUGAAGCAGGGCAAACUGCUUGACUACUCCCGAUACCUGCUUUACAGUCAGCAGAAACCCUCGCAGCCAAAGCUAUGCUUUACGAAACUCCCUCCAUUGGACGCUACUGGUACACUAAGCGAAUCUCGCGCCAUAAAUAUUGGUCAGUCACUGCCAAAGGAAAGCAAAAACCCCAACGACAUCAGUCGCGCCGAAUGUCUGAAUGUGCUGGGCAUGCUGAAGGAUUUUUCUGAACUGCCCCAGAACGAACCUUUAAAGCUUCAAUCAACGGCAGAGCGUGAUGAGAAGAAGGAAAACGAUAUACCUAAAGCAGACAGCGAACAGGCUGAAUUUAUAUUGAACGAUAUUCAACCCGCAUCAAAUGCAAAUGGAAAUGAAGAAAUAACGUUGCAUCUCUCACCGGAUGUGUUUUCCGAGGAUGAUGCUCAUGAACCUUCGGCAGCUUGCAAGCCAGCAGAGCAUAACACAAUAACAAGUCCCCCGAAACCAUCCUCUUCAAAGCAGUCUCUUACUGCAACGGAUCCAAACUUUCUGACGGAAUUUUUCAACAACUCCCGAUUGCACCACAUCGCCACGCUUGGCGCUAGCUUUAAGCAACACGUGGCUGAGAUGCGUGAGAAAUCGACUGGUUCCUUUCCGGCACGGGAAGCCCUAGUACAUCAGCUUUCCAACCGCGGUGAGGUCCGACGAGCGUCCGAUAGUGAGUUCAGCAAUGCCGCAAACGCACGCUACAUCAUGCACAUUGAUAUGGACUGUUUUUUCGUGUCGGUUGGUUUGCGCAAAUAUCCCCACUUGCGAGGUCUUCCAGUAGCCGUUACGCAUUCCCGUGGGUCCGAAGCUAGAGUACCGUCGCACCCGGGACAGAACCGGACACUCGAGAUCGAAUUGUACCACAAGCGACUGGAAGAACGCUAUCAGGCGCCAGAUAUACCGAUUGAAUCGCGCCUCUCGGCGAUUGAUGAGCAUAAUUCACUCUCCGAGAUUGCGUCGUGCAGCUACGAAGCGCGUCGGUGUGGUGUUAAGAACGGAAUGUUUGUCGGUGCGGCCUUAAAGCUCUGCCCGGAACUGAAAACCAUUCCGUACGACUUUGACGGAUACCGGGAGGUAGCGCAUCAUUUGUACAACACGAUCGCCCAGUACACUCUCGACAUUGAGGCGGUAAGCUGUGACGAGAUGUUCGUGGACCUGACCGAGCUAAUACGUUCCACCGAGGUGGACGUGAUGCACUUCGUCACGUUUGUGCGGGAUAAAAUAUCGACCGCAACCGGAUGCGCCUGCUCGGCAGGUGUCGGUGCGAAUCGCUUGCAGGCGCGCAUGGCAACGAAAAAGGCAAAACCAAACGGCCAGUUCCAGUUGAAUCCCUGCAACGCGGAAGAGUACAUGCGUGCGAUUGCGAUAGGUGAUCUACCCGGGGUCGGACCGAGCACCUCGUAUCGAUUAAAAAAAAUGACGUAUGUUACAUGCGCAGAUUUGCAAACCAUUCCCAAGAACGUGCUACAAACGGAGUUUGGCAAAAAGUUCGGCGAAACGCUUUACAACGCCUGCCGGGGCAUUGACGAGCGACCGCUGGUGUACGAUAAAGGCCGCAAGUCCGUGUCAGUCGAUGUGAAUUACGGCAUCCGGUUUACCACCGAACAGGAAGUGGAUCGUUUCAUGCGUCAGCUGACGCAAGAAAUUCACCGACGGUUGGUGGAAUUACGCAAGCGUGGAAAGCUGGUCACGGUGAAGCUUCUCGUUCGCUCGCCGGAGGCACCGGUAGAAACGGCUAAAUUUAUGGGCCAUGGAUUGUGUGAUAUCGUGACGAAAUCACUACCACUCCGGCAGCACACGGACGAACUGCCGGUGCUAGAGUGUGCCGUACUGGAGCUGAUGCGCUUGAUGGCGAUCCAACCACGCGAGCUUCGAGGCAUCGGAAUUCAAAUUUCCAAAUUCGAUGGAAGCAAGCGUGCCGCCGGUGAUAGUGCUGCCGGUAAUCGGUUGCGGAACAUGUUUCAAAAGGCCCAGAAUGAGAAAAAACACCCUUCUGAAUCACCUGGUGGUCAAUCUAGGACGGUGGAAAAUGUCAGCGAGAAAACUCGAUCCUCCUUUCAGCAACCCGAUGACCAGCAACCCUGCACAUCGCGUAGCUGUACCGUUCGACCGAACCACAUACAAGUGACGUCGGAUGCGGUGAAGAAACUCUUUGUCACUCCGACUAAAGCCGAGACGAAUAGUACUACUAUGGACAGUACUCAUCUUACUCCUAAGCGACCCGAUGCUCCAACCCGUUCGCCCAGCUCAAAACGUCCCGGAAUGGCGAUAUCGAAUACCCGAGGGAGACGAGGAAGACCACCAAAUCGAACAGUACAGCCAGGGAGGAAAGAACAAACGUUAAAGCGUUUCCUAGCCACCACGGAGGUAAGAUCCACGUCGUCUCACGAUGUCCCAGCGGGGCUCGAUCCGGACGUACUCGCCGCACUUCCCGAGGAUAUUCGGCAAGAGGUCAUACGAGAUUACCGCAGUCAGCAGUUUCUGCUGCAGUCAAGAAGUAGCGAACAAACACACCCACCAGUCGAAAGGACACCAGUGAAAAGCUCACCUCAAAGAAGCUACACUAAGCGUGAUCGGAGAUCUCCAGCCACACCGCAGGGAAAAAACUCCGUGGAAGAUCAGAAGAUCAAAAUUGACUUCAAGUUUCUGCAAGUGCUACCUCCGCAUAUCCGCAUCGAGGUGGAAAAACAGAUCGAACUGAACAAAGACAAUAUGGUGGUGGUUUGCGACGAACCUGAGAUCGAUGAACCGCUGGUGGUUUCUCCAGAACCAGCGUCUGAACAUUAUCGAACGCCUGCAAAAAUUUUAGCGAGUGAUGUGGAAAAAACUCCUCGCAAAAAUGACCCGCCGCAGGAAACCAACAUUCUGCGCCGUAGUAACUGGAGGGAGCUGGUCGAAGAAUGGGUGGACAGCACCGAGGAGCCGUACGAGUACGAUGUCCAGCUGCUGGCGGCAAACGGACAGGAGCUAUGCUGCAACGACACGCUUGAGCGAUUGUAUAUAUUUUUGCGCUGCUUCCAGCGACUAGUGGUAGAUAAACGAAGCUGCGCCUGGCAUCGAGCGUUCGUUGGUGUGGUUCACCCCAUUCAGGAGCAGACGCAAAUAAUCUAUGGCAGAAAGUUGGCGGUGCGGCCAAUUGACUGUGAAUUGUGCAAUAUUAAACAAUACCAAAAUGAAAAUCCCUCUCCAAAUCUGUUAUAA